AGGAUCUGUCACCGGUACCUCCACUCUUCCCCCACUGAGAUUUUUCCAAACGGUAUCCCCGUGCCCUCCUCAUCUCCCAUCACUCUGGUCCAAGGGGUCCCAGAGAUUUUUCUUUUUUUUUUUGCUCUUCUACUGUCCUCUCAUCACCUCCCUCCUGGUCUUCUUCUUACCUGGCCUCCUGCAGGGUCACAUAACUCUGAAGGCAGCUACCUACCUGCACCUUUUGACUCCUCGAAGGUUUUCUUGGGACACGGCUCAAGAUGCCAGAGCCCACAAAGAAAGAUGAGACGCCAAACGGCCAGCCAGAAGAGAGUGUUGCCCCAGACAGUAAUGGUGUCCUGCCCCUCCCCGAGAUUUCCCUGGAGGUUUCUCCACCCCCAGAAGCAGUAGCAGAGGGGCAAGAGCCAGUAGAGACUGAUGGGACGCAACCAGAGCAUGCAGAGCCUGCAGAGCCUGAGCCAGUUCAGGCUGUGGCGGCUCAGGAGCCCGGUCCGGCUGAGAACGGCUCAAAUCAGCCACAGCCUGUCGAGGUUGGGGUGAAAGAGCAAGCAGAGUCCGGUAACACUACUGAAAAGGGAGAGGGCCCUUGCUCUCCCCGACCUCCUGAUGAGGAUGAUGCUGCAGCCACUACCCCAUCCCCAACACCCCGACCAGAAGAGGCCAAUACACUCAAGAAACUCUCAAUUGAGCUGCCUAAUGAUAGCGUCCCUUUGCCAGAAAUGGGGAGAAAGGACUCAGUGUGGUCACUGGGAGAGGGCCAGGCCCCCGAGGACCUGGACAAGCCUAUUGAUACCCCACCACGGUCCACCCUGCUGAUAGAGAGUCCCCAGAGCGCCUCUAUGCCUGUGGGUGGAGAUAUAUCCUUUGUUGCCAAGGUGGAGGCUAAAGAUCUCCUCCGCAAACCAACUGUCAAGUGGUUUAAAGGAAAAUGGAUGGAUCUGGCCAGCAAGACAGGAAAGCACUUACAGCUGAAAGAGACCUUUGACCGCCAGACCAAGAUCCACACAUUUGAGAUGCAUAUCAUCAAAGCCAAAGAAAACUAUGCUGGAAACUACAGGUGUGAAGUCACCUACAAGGACAAGUUUGACAGCUGUUCCUUUGACUUGGAAGUGAAAGAGGCUGAAACCGGCUCACAGAAUAUUGAUAUUCGAUCGGCUUUCAAAAGAAGCAGUGAAGGACAAGAAGAUGCAGGAGAGCUUGACUUUAGUGGUCUCCUUAAACAUAGGGAGCCAAAACAGGAGGACGAAACACCUGAUGUCGAUGUGUGGGACAUCCUAAAGAACGCUAGACCAGAUCAGUAUGAGAAGAUUGCCUUUAUGUACGGCAUCACAGAUCUGAGGGGUCUGCUGAGGAGGAUGAAGAAGAUCCCAAAACAGGAGAAGAAAAGCGAAGCUUUCGCAAAGAAACUGGAACCAGCAUAUCAGGUGGACAAAGGUGGAAAGAUCCGCUUGGUGGUCGAUCUGGCCGACCCGACAGUUGAUCUGAAGUGGUACAAGAACGGACAGGAAAUCAGACCCAGUCCCAAUCAACGGAAGUAUAUUUUUGAGCAUAAAGGCACACAAAGGAUAAUGGUCAUCAACAACUGCUCCGUGAAUGACGAUGCAGCUUAUUCCGUAGCUGCAGGAGACGAGAAAUGUGCUACGGAGCUGUUUGUGAAAGAGUUGCCAGUUAAGAUUGUCAAAGGUGUCGAGCCUGUGAAGACCACGGUUAAUGAGAGGAUCGAGCUGGAGUGUGAAGUGUCAGAGGAGGGUGCUCAAGUCAAAUGGAUGAAGAACGGUGUUGAGGUUCCAACAGGAGUGCGCUCCAGAUACCGAGUUAAGAGUGAAGGAACAAAACACUUCUUGGUAAUUGAUGAUGCCUCCAGGGAGGACACUGGGACGUACUCCAUCAUGGCUUCUGGCGGCACAUCUGAGGCUCAUGUACAGGUUGACUUGAAACCAUUGAAGAUCUACCAGGACCUACAGGAUAUGAAAGUGAUGCUGGGUCAACCCCUGAAGCUGCACUGUGAGAUUUACCCAGGCAAUGUCCCAGGUCGUUGGUACAGGAAUGGACAGCUGAUCCAGCCCAACGACCGCAUCACAAUCAUACACAGAAAUAAGGUCCAUCGUCUUGAAAUUGAAUCCAGCUCCCUUCAUGAUUCAGGAGAUUACACUUUUGUACCUGAGGGAUAUUCACAGAGCCUCUCAGCAAAAAUCCACAUCAUUGACCCACCAAGAGUGCACUUGGAUAGUUUGAACUUCCCGGACAACAUGGUCACCAUAGUGGCAGGAAACAAACUACGCUUGGAGAUCCCCAUCAGUGGAGAGCCAGCACCUAGGGUUGUGUGGAUGAAGGGAGAACGGGUAAUUCUUGAGUCUGGCCAUCGAGUCCGAGCUGAAACCUACGGUGACCAGACGAGCCUGACAAUUGACAUCACAGAGCGGGAGGACUCGGGUAACUACAAGAUAGUCCUGCAAAAUGAGGCUGGUGAGGCCACAGCCAGUGUCAAAAUCAAGGUUGUUGACAUCCCUGACCCUCCAGAGGCUCCACUGGUCCCAGUGGUGGGCGGAGAUUGGUGCUCUAUGACGUGGGAACCACCAAAAUAUGAUGGAGGUUCACCAAUGUUAGGUUACUUCAUUGAAAGAAAGAAGAAACAAAGCUCCAGAUGGAUGAGACUGAACUUUGACCUGAUAAAAGAAACAUCAUUCGAACCCAAGAAGAUGAUUGAAGGAGUUCCAUAUGAAGUGCGGAUCUUUGCAGUCAAUGCCAUUGGUGUGUCCAAGCCCAGUGAACCAUCCAAAGCCUUUACUCCCCUCGCUGUGACCAGUGAGCCCACCAUGCUGGUAGUUGACGAUGUCACUGACGACACUGUGACUGUAAAGUGGCGUCCUCCAGAAACCAUCGGAGCAGCCGGUCUGGAUGGAUACUUGGUGGAGUACUGCAUAGAGGGAGGUAAUGAUUGGGUAGUAUCCAACAAGGAGCUGACAGAGAAGACCAAGUACACCAUUACUGGACUGACUCCAGGGUCUAAAAUUUUAGUUCGAGUUAGAGCCAUCAACGCUGCUGGACCCAGCCCUCCACGGACCCUUCAGCACGCCGUCUUGGUCAAAGAAGUUAUUGAACCGCCCAAGAUCCGAGUCCCCCGACACUUGAAGCAGACAUACACUCGAAGAGUUGGUGAAGCUGUGAACCUCGUAGUGCCAUUCAUGGGCAAACCAAGGCCGAAGGUCACCUGGCUGAAAGAGGGCAAGCCCAUCGAGCCUACACACGUCAGUAUCCGCAACACAGACUGUGACAGCAUCAUCUUCAUUCGUAAAGCCGAACGCAGCCACUCUGGAAAGUAUGAGAUGACUGUGCAGGUUGAGAACCAUGUGGACACAGCCAUUAUUGACAUACAGAUUGUAGACCUACCUGGGCCUCCUCAGUGUGUGACGAUUGAAGAUGUCUGGGGAGGUAACGUGGCUCUGGUCUGGACUCCUCCAAAAGACAACGGCAACGCCCCAAUUACAGGCUACACCAUUCAAAAAGCAGACAAAAAGACAAUGGAAUGGUUCACAUGCAUCGAGCAGUACCAUCGCACCUGCAUCACCAUCACAGAGCUGGUAGUAGGGAACGAGUACUUCUUCAGGAUUUACUCAGAGAACAUGUGUGGCUUAAGUGAAGCCGCCACCGUAACCAAAAAGAGUGCCCUCAUCGUCAAAGAAGGGAUUUCCCCACAUGAUACCGCUCAGCACCAGUAUCAUGCACAACCCCAUUCCUUUACCCUUCCCCCCACAGGCAUGCAGUUGAAAACACAUGAGUUUAACGACCGCGACUUCAAGGAGGCGCCAAAAUUCACUCAGCCGCUGAUCAACACUUUUGCCAUUGCCGGCUACAACGCUACACUCAAUUGUAGCGUCCGUGCCAACCCAAGGCCCAAGGUGAUCUGGAUGAAGAAUAAGAUAGCCAUCCUUGACGACCCGCGCUACCGUAUGUUUAGCAACCAGGGAGUAUGUACUCUGGAGAUCAGGAAGCCCAGCCCCUAUGAUGGCGGCAUGUACACCUGUAAGGCCAUCAAUGACCUGGGAGAGGCCCAAGUGGACUGCAAGCUGGAAGUCAAAGUCCAAACUCAAGAAUUGUGAAUGUAUGUUCUCAUCUAAGGAGGCUUCACCUUUUAUGAACUCAUGCAACGCGGAGUGCCCCUCCACCUGAUUGACAAGUACAUCAACGAGCAUAAGAUUGUCGAGCAGGAGAAGUAAAAUUGGACAGAACGCAAUGAGACACUUUAGUUUUGCAGACAUCUGAUGCCACGAGUGACCUUUUUCUGUCACCUACGGAGGUCGCUGGCCUGAAGACGGAUUGGGGGGGGGGGGAUGGCGGGAAGGGUUGUACUGCUCCGUGGUGUGGCAUGCUGUGUGCAGUUUUAGAGCUAGCUACCAAAAAAAAAACAAAUCCUCUUCUUUGUCACCCACUUGUGUUUUAAAGACUGUUUCAGCUCAGAAGCAUGUCAGCAGUGUUUUGGUUCUGUCUUUAUUGAGUACAUGUAGUAUUUUAAAAAAACAAACAUAUAACAGUGACACACACGUACAGUAUUUACAUGUUUAUAGUUGGGGCUGUCUGUUAAAAGUGAUGUUUUAUUUCUGGGUUAUAAAAGAGAAAAAGGGAAUGUGUAAACUAAAGUUUGGUGUUUGUAAGGUGUGUAAGAACUUAUUAAUGGCAAAAAAAGGGAAACAAGCACAGAUAUAUGUUGGAUAAGUGAAUGUGUAAAACCCUUCAAAGAUAAUUCACAUUAACAUUUGUUCAUUUCGACAGUUUUUCUGUGAAGGUAUUCAGUGUCUAAAAAGUGAGGGAUGUAGAUUGUAGAGCAUGACAAACUAAGCUUUUUGGAUUCAUGUUGGACUUGAAGUUUCAUAAAUCAUGCGCAUGCCUUAGUAAUCAUCACCCAUGAACAAUAAAAUUAAUGUACAAAAAAAUUGCACUCUA